UUGAUUAUCUUGAUUUCCCAAUAUUAUGUCCUGCGAAACAUUGGGAAAAUUGUGUUUAAAAAUGCAAUUUAAAAUGUGACGAAGUUUUGUGAAGCGAAUGCAAAGAGAAAAAAAUGUUAUUUUCUUUUUAGAUUAUGUUCUAAUAUAUUGUGAUUUUUUUGUUAUUAUUUGAUAAACAUAAAGGAUGUGACGGUUUGUUGGUCUUACCAGAAUUCAGUGUGCCCAAAUUUGAUUUAUUGUCAACAUAAUUUCCUGUAAAAAAAAUUGAGUUCUCGUUUGAUGUUAGCUCUGGAAGAUUUUAUCCAUAUGAUUUUGUCACAGUGAAAUAACAUAACUUUAUGUAUCUAGAAUCGAUUCAAAAUAUAUUCAUUGAUAUAAAAAUCUUCAGCGUUUGAUUCCCACUUCUUGUAUUGUACUGCAAAUCCGUUACUCCAUUGGACUUUUAAAGUUUUCCUCGGUAUGCCGUCGGCGCUGCUGUCGGUUUGAUGAAAAACUUCUCCUUGCCAUCUGCAGCGCCAGUGUAGUGAGAGAUGUCGAGUUUGGGGAAGUAGCCAUUUGUUAUUUUUUCCAAAUAUGUCAAUUUCUUUGCAUGAAGCCGUGUUUUCUGGUGAUAUUAAGGUCCUGUCGCAACUCCUGAGAACACAAGAUGUCACACAGAAGGACAAACAUGGCAAUACACCUCUCCACCUGUCCGUGAUGUUGGGCAAAAAAGAAUGCACUCAACUGCUCCUGGCCCACGGUGCCCCCGUGAAAGUAAAGAACCUUCAAGGCUGGUCACCUCUGGCGGAAGCCAUCUCUUAUGGGGAUCGACCUACAAUUCACCUGCUGCUGUGGAAGCUGAAGAAGCAGGCACGCGACCAGAUGGAGCAGCGACGUCCCAACCUGGUGAAGGCACUCCAGCAGAUGGGCGAUUUCUACAUGGAGCUCAAGUGGGACUUCCAGUCGUGGGUUCCUCUAGUCUCGCGGAUUCUGCCGUCUGAUAUUUGCAAGAUCCAUAAGGCGGGCUGUUCCAUUCGACUGGACACAACACUCGUGGACUUCUCGGAGAUGAAAUGGGAGCGUGGAGACAUAUCAUUUAUAUUUCGUGGUGAUAAAACACCCAAAGAGUCACUGACUGUGCUCGAUAAUGAGUAUCAAUGCUACCAGCGUGUUCGCUAUGAGGAAACCGAGGCUGAGAUUGAGGAUGAGGUGGAUAUCCUCAUGUCCAGUGACAUAAUGGCAGCGCAAAUGUCAACGAAGAGUAUUAACUUCACACGAGCACAAUCUGGAUGGAUUUUCCGGGAGGAUCGCAAGGAGACAAUUGCAGGACAAUACGAAUGCGAUUUAUACUGCAUCAAUGGACUUGUGUUGGAGUCCAGAAAGCGCAGAGAGCACCUCUCCAGGGAUGAUUUGCAGAAGAAUAAGGCUCUGAUGGAGUCUUUUACCAAAGGACACUCACAGAAUGUUGACCAAAAUGGGGAGAUCCUUCGAAGAACAUCCCUUUCUCCGCCGGCAAAUGCCAACGUAUCGUGGGAUGACUAUAUAAAGGCAGAACCAGGGGAACAUCCAAAAUUAGGCAGGGAUUUAGUUUAUAAGGAAUCUAGCAAGACAUUUCGAGCUACAGUAGCAAUGAGUAAGGACUUUCCACUAAAUGUAGACAUGCUUCUCAAUGUGUUGGAAGUGAUUGCACCCUUUAAGCACUUUUCCAAGCUGCGUGAGUUUGUGACACUGAAACUUCCCAGCGGCUUUCCCGUGAAGAUUGACAUACCCAUCCUGCCGACGGUCACAGCGAAGAUAACAUUCCAGAAAUUUGAGUUUCGCGACAAUAUUCCAGCUAGCAUGUUUGAGAUUCCGGAGAACUACGUCGAGGACAACAUGAGUUCACUCAACUCGGAGGAAAGCUAGAGCGAUCGCUGCAAUGGAAGUGAGGAAAAUGUCGAUUUGUGCCCUUGUGGUGCUCCUGGGAAUCGUGGGUGGUGUUUUGGGUGAGAAAAAGUAUAAGAUGAAGGAUAUGAUGCGGAAGUCCAUUGUCUUCGAUAAGAUGACGCCAGACGU